AUGCCACCAUUCUUCAUGAAAACAGAAAAUGCUCGCUAUGAUGUGAAGAACUUUUUGGAUCGUUUAGAUCUGAUUUACGAAUGGUUUGCAAUUUGGUUCGCAACUGCUGUGAUCGCAAACUUCUACAUGCAAAAAUCAUUAGUACCAGUUAUUCCGGACUUCGACUAUAUGACUUUUAAUCGUAUGUCGUCCAUGAGCUUCACAGAUAUGCCAACUCAGCUGCAUCUUCCAGACUCUAGAAACAACGAGCUAUUUGUAUAUGGUGCCUACUGUAAGCAGUUCCGCAAUCUGUCCGGUAAAUCCGCGGAUUUUGUGAACGAUCCGAGCUCGCGUGGAACAAUUUUGCUUGCAUUUGGGGCACUCGUGGACUGGAAGGAAGCCCCAGCUGAACGACCAAUGAGUCUCGGCAGUCAUAUUAGGCUAUCAGACUGGGUACCACAGCAAGAGCUACUCAACCAUCCACGCACCAAGCUUUUCAUCACUCACGGUGGACUGAAGAGCCUCAAGGAAGCAACAUGUGCCGAAAUGCCAACCCUAUUUUUGCCAAUUCUGGGUGAACAGGUACGAAAUUCGUGGCUCGCUUAUCAUCACGGUUUCGGACAAAUUAUCAACAAAUUCAAUGUUACAGCCGAUUAUCUCUUAUAUUUCGAGGAUGCGCCGAUCCCACCACUGCAGGAAGGAGCGUUUAAAAUCAAAGGCCUGAUCAAAUAUGGUGGCCGAAUGCCGGAAUAUUUCUAUACGCGAUCCACCAACAUCGAUUAUGUUCGAUAUCUGAACCUGGAUCUCAUUUUGCUGAUUCCAUCCCUAAUCUGUCUUUUGCUUUUAGUAAAAUAA